AGGUUUUAUACUGCAGCAGUGACCCAAGUCAGCAGCUGUUUAGGGGGUUUAUCUGUAUCAAUCUCUGAGUAAUAUCUCCCUCUUUCUUUUCACAGGCAUUGGUGUAGGACCUUAUCUUACAACACAAACAAAGCUUUUGAUGUGAAAACUAGGAGCAAAGGCAAGCUGCUAUUUUAAAUGAGAAAUUAAACGUUUUUGUGAGCUCGUUCAUCACCAAUGACUUUAUGACACAGGUUCAAUGGGGGCAUGUUAUUCAAAGUCAGGUCAUGAUGUAGACAAUGCCAAGAAGAAGUCCCCACAUAACAAGAAGCACAAAAAUGGAAUCGCUGUGACCAUUGAGUACAGUCCUGUCAGAUCACCAAAUCACGAUGAAGAUAGACUGUCUAUUUAUGACAAUGAAAGUGAAAAAGAGGACAAAAUUGUCAUAGAAUCAAAUGGAAAUGUUGAAGGACAGUGCUGUUCUAAAGUGGCCAAGGACAAAGAAAAGGUUGUGCCUGGUAAUGAGGGUGAAAAUAGUGUGAAAUGUGACCUAGUGACCUCAAAAGAGAGAUCAGAUGAGGUCAUAACCUCAGAUUUAAAAGUGACAGAGAAAGUUGUGUCAGCAUCAGAUAGUGGAAUAGAGAGUCUACCAGCUCAGGAAUCACGUCACUCUAGUCAAACAUUUUGUGAUAAAACCAAGCCAUAUCAAAACAGUGAUGAGGAUGAAACUCUAGCUAGCCCCAAAAACGAGAUUCAUGACAGUCACGGUGAGUUUACUGCUCCUUCAAGAAGCAGACCUUAUCGUUUUUCUGAUAUUAUCUAUCUCAAGUCCAGUCUAAAGAAACCAGGGAGACCCUCUGGUAGAUACAGUCGACUGUCCUGUAAGUCUACGGACAGUUUAGACUGGACAGCUACACUGAUAAAUAGCCUGGACCGGUGUCGAAGUGAAGCCUCAGAAUUUUUUUGUGAAGACUUUAACAUAUCAGCUCCUCUUGCUGCAUUUGAUUCAGUAGAUUUUAUGAGCAGUGCAGGGUCUCUUCUGCGGAACAGAUUAAGUAGAGCUAGCAUUGUUGACUAUAAUAAUGAUACAUUUCAAUUUCAAUUUGAUUUUUCUGGAAUAGAAGCCGAAGAAGCCGAGGCGAGCUCAGUACCGAUAACAUCAGAAUCGCUACCAUGCUCGCCUGUUCGUCAAAAUACGGUCAGUCCAGAUGGUGUGAAUCUGGAACUGGCCGGCUCAAAAAGAGCCUCGCAGGAGCUCAGGCCAAAGUCCAUCAUGAAAGUAAGAUUUGAUUCAGAAGCUAGUUUAGAGUUGACCUCCACAUUUCCAAGGUUAGAGGAAGUGAAGACAAUGCAAAUAGAUGGGAAAGAUGUUGUAGUCAUUGAUGUGGAAACUUAUGUACAUAUCAUGGAGGAGCUUGCCAUGCUCAAGAUGAAGCUCAGUCAGCUUACAGACUUCUUACAGGAACAAGACUUGCUGCAGCUGGAUUCUUCAAAAGAGAGGGCUGAUAUAUCAAGUUUGAACCAGUCUAUAGAAGACCUAAUGGACACAGCUUCUUUGAAGAAACCUUAACAACGGUGUAAUUCUUCGAGGGAAAAGUCAUUCCAUUAUAAACCUCAUGAAUCAUUCAGCAUCAUACAGCUUGAAGUGGAAAGGAUCCGUCCUAUAGAAGUGCUAAUGGAAAGCUGAACUUCUUUUCUCCCUGAUAGGUUCAGAUCUUUAUGAAUUUCAGUAUUUGGAUGCAGAUAAGAGACUUUCUAAAUUGAUGAGCAGCAGGCCAUCUACCUGUAUUAUGUUAAAAUUAGGGAUUUAUUUUGUGUUCCCUUCUGAUUAUUAACCCAGAAAUUUUAUUUUUAUUUUUUUUUAACUUAAAGAAACAAACAUAAAAAGAAACACAGUAUCACAUAUAUUCAUUCAGCAGAUGAUUUUUAUUUUAAAUAUUUUAUUUUUUGUUAACACAGAAUGUGGCCAGGAAUAAUUUUGCAUACAUUUCUCAAAAAUUCUGACUAAUAGUGUUCUUUGUCUUGUUACUAUAUAUCAUGUAUAUGAGAGCACAGUUUUAUUACAGUUUCAGUAGGUUGGUAUAUGCACUUGACUAAGGUUGUAGAUGGGAAAAAAAUCAGAGCUGUGAUUUAAUUCUAAUAUUUAAAGAUGACUGCAUAUUUUGUUGUCAUGUCAUAUUAAAGACUUACAAUGUGUGGAAGGUAUUAGACUCUAAAACACUUGUGGAGAGUGAAUAAAAAAAAAAUUAGUAUGAUUUCCAGUACAUUAAUAUAUGAAUAGAUUAUUUUUAGCUUAAAGAGAAUUGAUGAACAAUCAUGGCAAGCAUUCCUAAUUGCAUAUAUAGUGUAACUAAGGUCUUUUUAUAGCUUUAUCUUUUAUUGUGUUUGUUAGUAAAUUUUAAAUAUUGUGUAGUUUCUAUUCUGUUGUAAAAGGGUAAAUUUUCAGAUAUUAAUAAAUCCGAAAUCAGGAUCUAGGCUUAGUACUUUUUAAAUUUAUAGUUAGGUACAUAAGUUAGUCCACAGCACAGUUAGAUCUAGUCACAAAAAAAGAUAUAUCCGAGAAAAUGAUAUUUAUUUACAUAAAUGAAUGAUUUUUAAAGAACCUAAUCGAUUAGAUUUAUAAGGUAUAUAACAAAAAAAUAGGAUACUAUAUAAUGAAAUGCAUUUAGGAGGAGAUAACUCUCCAAGUUGCUUCCUUGGUGUUUUAUAAAUAUACUAUAGUUUAAGGUUUAAAAGGAGUAUUAAUUUAUUUGUUUUAGCAUUGUUAGUUAUCAUUUUGUGUUUUUAAUAUGCAGAAUUUAGCUUUUUGUUCUCUCUUUGCAUAGUUAAAGUGUGACGUUGGUGCAUACCUCUCUUUCAAAACGCAAUUUCAUCAUGUGUUCAUAAUUAGUGCAAGUACUGUGUAGUAAAAUAUUUUUCCACUAUUCACUAUUUUGUCAUUACUAUGUUAAUUCUUUUUUUUUGCUAAUAAUAAUCAUGCAUUAUAAAUUUAAAACAGAGACUUUCAAACAGAACUUAAUACUAAGUAAGUCGUGAUAUAUAACGGAACUCUAACACUACCAUUGAAAUCACAACACAAUUUUGCAUUGAUAGAAGUAAAUCAAAAUUAAAUGAAAUGUACAUACAAGGAAAUAUAUAUUCUCACAUGCUUAAUUACCAUCCUUUUUUCUUUUGUUUAAACAUUAUAUUGCUUUAUUUACCCUUUAUGUUAUAUACAGUGUACCAGUGAAGAUUCAGUCCAUAUCUCUAAACUAUAUGAAAAGUACAUGUGAUUCUAUAUAUUUUUUAGGUGAUUUUUCUUUUAAAUUUUAACAAAAGUAAUGUACAUGGAGACUGAAAAUAAUUUGUUGAAUUUUAGGGUUUUUUUUUAAGAAGUCAUAUAAUUUCUCUCAGACUAUCACAUAGCUCUGUAACAAGUAAAGAGCAUAAAUAAUUUGAUAAUUUGGUACAGUAUAAUACCCAAGUACAUGUAAAUGUUAUUUUGUUUUUUAUUCAAAAUGUAGUGCUAAUGCUGACCAUACUCAUAGCACAGUUAUUAAUUGAUGCCAUAGGUUUCAGUACAUGUACAGCUUUAAGUCUUUGACUAGACAGUAAUUGUGAAAUAACAUACUACAUAUAUCUACUUUCCCUAAGAUGCCAAAACAUAACAGAAAAGUUGAGGAUGUGUCAUAGUGCAUGUAUAUAAAUUUCUGUAAAUCACAAGAAUUGAACCAAAAGUCAGUCCCUGAAUGGGAACAAUUUUAAUUCACUGGCUGUUACUUUGCAGAUUUCUUUUCAUACAAAAUUAUUCACCCCACUACCCCUCCAAAUAUCAUCUCUUGUAAAGAUGUGGUCACUUAUUGAAUGUAUUGUAAUUCAUCCAAGAUGGGAUUUUUUCAGCUCUUCUGAGCUCAAAGAGGUAAUACUUUGGCCAUUUGUGUUGUGUGUCAACUUCUUGGAAUAUUGGCCAUAUCUCAAGAACCCCUUGAUCAAUAAUUGUCAAUUUGUCACAGAGUAUCAUUGGCCCAGAGGGAUUUCAGAGUUUGUUAACCAAAAAGGAGGUGACCUAAUUUUGGAAUUUCACAGCUAUAUCUAAAUAUUUUGGAUGAUAAGAGGCUUAGAAUCACAAAAUUUUGUCAGAUGAUGCAUCUUGGGUUCUUGGAGUAUUUCGACCUAAAAGUAGGUCAUGAUGACCUACUUUUGAAAUUUUAUGGCUAUACUGAAAUACUUGAGUAUUUCUUAUUCUAACUGGCUUAGAAUCAUCAAAUUUUGAUAGUUGUCAACUAAAAAGUAGGCCACAGUGACCUACUUUUGGAAUUUCAAGGUUUUAUCUAAAUAUUUCAAAUAAAAAGAGGCUUAGAAUCAUUAAAUUUUGUCAGUUGAUGCAUCAUGGGUUCUCAGAGUGUGUUAACCAAUAACCAAUAUGUAGGUCACAGUGACCUACUUUUGGAAUUUCAAGGCUUUAUCUAAAUAUUUCAAAUAAUAAGAGGCUUUGAAUCAUCAAACUUUGUCAGUUAAUGCAUCUUGGGUUCUCACAGUGUGUUAACCAAAACGUAGGUCACAGUGACCUACUUUUGGAAUUUCAUGCUUUAUCUAAAGAUAUAGGAUACUAAGAGGCUUAGAAGUUAUAGGGUUGUACAAUUUAUCAGAAGAGCGAUUCUAGGCCAUUAGGCCACUUGUUUAUUCCUUGUUUUCAAUUUAUAUUGUAACAAAUAACAGCUACAUUUUUGUACUGGUUCAAUUUUUUUUCACUGCAUGGGUAUUCUUUUUUUAAAAAAAUCUCUGAAUAUUAAAACACAGCACAAUGUAUACAGAAAAGUGGUGUGUAAAAAAAAAAAUGAAGUUACAACUUCAAUGCUUGUCAGUCUUAUUUUUUAAUGAAAUCUGGAAGAGAAAUUAUUAUACAAGCAUUUUUAUAGAAAUUUUAUGUUUUAUUUUGGAAUAGAUAAAAUAAAGUAUUGUUUUAUUUCUGA